AGAUGUUUUGUGUGCAGCUGUAGUGUGAAAUAGGACCAGCUUGUUUUCCAAUAUGCAGUGCCUGUUUUGGACAGUUGUUUCUUUGGUUGCUGUAGCAUUGUACUGCCCAGUGGAAGGACAAGUCUGUAAUGAUGAUGGCUUUUACUGUGUAAAUGAUACUGCAAGUGUUACCUGCAUAGAUGGCACACCUCCAGCAACUCCUGUCGUCAAUGUAUGCCCAACAGGAACUUACUGCAGUGCUGACUGUUCCCUAGAGUGUCUGGAAACAGUUCCAUGUGUAACAACAACCAUUUCCCCUACAACAGAACAACCCUUUGUGUGCACUUCAACUGGAAGGUUCCCUGAUCCAACAAAUUGCUCUAAUUAUUAUAUGUGCUCCCCUAUAUCUACUGGUGGAUUUUACCAAUACCUGUAUAACUGCCCUGGUGGCUCUCUUUUUGACUCGGUGAGAAGACUUUGUACACUUUCCACAAAUGUUACAUGUGGUACAUCAAGCACCUCUGUAUCACCUACAGUAACUACUCCAACUGGAACUCUAACAACUACUGUUGCCCCUUUUACCUGCACAAGUGUAGGCCGAUUUAUAAACCCACUUGAUUGCUUUCAAUAUUAUAUGUGUUCCCUCAGUGCAAAUGGUACUUUCUACCAAUAUUUAUAUGACUGCCCACAGGGAGCAGCCUUUAACUCAGCAACCAGUCAAUGCACAGCUUCCACCACUUGUGUGUAGAAAAGUGCUUAUUGUUACAUUAAAAAUUGUAUAAUUACUAAGGUCAUGUAAGGUAAUAUACUUAGUAGAUCAAAAUUUAAGUAUGAAGUGUAUUUUUAAUGUAUUAGUUCAUUUUUAUUUGUGGCACAAACCUAGUUUAUGAACACAAGUUAGAAAUUGGUAUUGUACACUUGUUAUUUAUGUUAAUGAUUGAAUUUGUAAUGUAUGUGGAAUACAUUUCAUUCAGUUACAGUGAUGAAAAUGUAUACAAUAAUGUGUACCGUGAUGCACCAUAUAACCAUUUCACGUGAGUUACUGAAAACUUGUGAGAUUUUAUACCUAAAAAAAUUUGGUUUUGCACAUUCAUUCCAGUAUACUACAUAGUAUCUGCAUGUUAUCCAAUAAGGUGGGUAAAUGCUUGUAUUUCUAUUUUAUUCUUAGUAUAGUAGUGAUAAGUCUGAAUUUCAUGUAAGUCUUUAAAUUUUUAAAUCGUACAUUCAGUUAGCAUAAAAUACAUGGUUUUGAGGAAAGAGGGAGGCAUAGGUUUCUGCUUUUUAAAGAUUGAACUCUCCUUGUAUUCUGGAGGACAUAAUUCUCAAAUAAUGUUGAAUAAAAUGAACAAAAAAUUA